AUGAUGAACCUGACGCCUUCACUCCAGAACAAUCCAAAAUGUUCACAUGUUGCAUGUUGCAUGUUCACACAUGCAAGAUCAAAAUCACGAACCUCUGCCAGUACUGGACCUGUACUUACAACUGAAGGUUCAUACACAAACGACGACAAAGAAAUUAAAGAAAUCCUAAAAAGUUGUGAUGUUCAUGAGACGGUGAGAACGGCCUGUAACACACCGUGCAAGACCCUUGGUGCCUCCAAGACCCUCGGUGCCUCCAAGACCCUCGGUGCCUCCAAGACCCUCGGUGCCUCCAAGACCCUCGGUGCCUGCAAGACCCUCGGUGCCUGCAAGACCCUCGGUGCCUCCAAGACCCUCGGUGCCUCCAAGACCCUCGGUGCCUCCAAGACCCUCGGUGCCUCCAAGACCCUCGGUGCCUCCAAGACCCUCGGUGCCUGCAAGACCCUCGGUGCCUCCAAGACCCUCGGUGCCUCCAAGACCCUCGGUGCCUGCAAGACCCUCGGUGCCUCCAAGACCCUCGGUGCCUGCAAGACCCUCGGUGCCUCCAAGACCCUCGGUGCCUCCAAGACCCUCGGUGCCUCGGUGCCUGCAAGACCCUCGGUGCCUCCAAGACCCUCGGUGCCUCCAAGACCCUCGGUGCCUGCCGGUGCCUGCAAGACCCUCGGUGCCUGCAAGACCCUCGGUGCCUCCAAGACCCUCGGUGCCUGCAAGACCCUCGGUGCCUCCAAGACCCUCGGUGCCUGCAAGACCCUCGGUGCCUGCAAGACCCUCGGUGCCUGCCCCUCGGUGCCUGCAAGACCCUCGGUGCCUCCAAGACCCUCGGUGCCUGCAAGACCCUCGGUGCCUCCAAGACCCUCGGUGCCUGCAAGACCCUCGGUGCCUCCAAGACCCUCGGUGCCUCCAAGACCCUCGGUGCCUCCAAGACCCUCGGUGCCUGCAAGACCCUCGGUGCCUCCAAGACCCUCGGUGCCUGCAAGACCCUCGGUGCCUGCAAGACCCUCGACCCUCGGUGCCUCCAAGACCCUCGGUGCCUCCAAGACCCUCGGUGCCUCCAAGACCCUCGGUGCCUGCAAGACCCUCGGUGCCUCCAAGACCCUCGGUGCCUCCAAGACCCUCGGUGCCUGCAAGACCCUCGGUGCCUCCAAGACCCUCGGUGCCUCCAAGACCCUCGGUGCCUCCAAGACCCUCGGUGCCUGCAAGACCCUCGGUGCCUCCAAGACCCUCGGUGCCUCCAAGACCCUCGGUGCCUCCAAGACCCUCGGUGCCUGCAAGACCCUCGGUGCCUCCAAGACCCUCGGUGCCUCCAAGACCCUCGGUGCCUGCAAGACCCUCGGUGCCUCCAAGACCCUCGGUGCCUCCAAGACCCUCGGUGCCUCCAAGACCCUCGGUGCCUCCAAGACCCUCGGUGCCUCCAAGACCCUCGGUGCCUCCAAGACCCUCGGUGCCUCCAAGACCCUCGGUGCCUCCAAGACCCUCGGUGCCUCCAAGACCCUCGGUGCCUCCAAGACCCUCGGUGCCUCCAAGACCCUCGGUGCCUCCAAGACCCUCGGUGCCUCCAAGACCCUCGGUGCCUCCAAGACCCUCGGUGCCUCCAAGACCCUCGGUGCCUCCAAGACCCUCGGUGCCUCCAAGACCCUCGGUGCCUGCAAGACCCUAGAUGCCUCCAAGACCCUCGGUGCCUCCAAGACCCUCGGUGCCUCCAAGACCCUCGGUGCCUCCAAGACCCUCGGUGCCUCCAAGACCCUAGAUGUCUCCAAGACCCUCGGUGCCUGCAAGACCCUAGAUGCCACCAAGACCCUCGGUGCCUCCAAGACCCUCGGUGCCUCCAAGACCCUCGGUGCCUCCAAGACCCUCGGUGCCUGCAAGACCCUCGGUGCCUCCAAGACCCUCGGUGCAUCCAAGACCCUCGGUGCCUCCAAGACCCUCGGUGCCUCCAAGACCCUCGGUGCCUCCAAGACCCUCGGUGCCUCCAAGACCCUCGGUGCCUCCAAGACCCUCGGUGCCUCCAAGACCCUAGAUGUCCUCGGUGCCUGCAAGACCCUAGAUGCCACCAAGACCCUCGGUGCCUCCAAGACCCUCGGUGCCUCCAAGACCCUCGGUGCAUCCAAGACCCUCGGUGCCUCCAAGACCCUAGAUGCCUGCAAGACCCUCGGUGCCUGCAAGACCCUAAAUGCCUCCAAGACCCUCGGUGCAUCCAAGACCCUCGGUGCCUCCAAGACCCUCGGUGCCUCCAAGACCCUCGGUGCCUCCAAGAUCCUCGGUGCCUCCAAGACCCUCGGUGCCUCCAAGAUCCUCGGUGCCUCCAAGACCCUCGGUGCCUCCAAGACCCUCGGUGCCUCCAAGACCCUCGGUGCCUCCAAGACCCUCGGUGCAUCCAAGACCCUCGGUGCCUCCAAGACCCUCGGUGCCUCCAAGAUCCUCGGUGCCUCCAAGACCCUCGGUGCCUCCAAGACCCUGCAAAAAGAGUCUACCAAACAACCUUGA